AUGGCCGCCUCCGAUCAACAACAGCAGGCCCGCAGCAACCGGCAAGGCUUUGUGGACGAGUCCCGGUGGGUGGAGCUGAUCCGGCAGUCCCUCCGGGAGGUUCCCGGGGAGGAGGAGGACGACGGCAUCCACGUGUCCGUGUUCGACGUGCCGAAGCAGCUGCAGGUGCACAGGCCCGAUGCCUACAGGCCGCAGUUCAUAGCCCUGGGCCCCUACCACCACUGGCACCCUCACCUGUACGACAUGGAGCGCUACAAGAUCGACGCCGCCCGCCGCGCGCUCCGCGCGGCCGGCAGCAGCCUGGAGGACAUCGUCUCCAAGCUCGCGUGCCACGAGCGCAGGGUCCGCGCACACUACCACCGCCACCUCGACUUCCAAGACGGGACGCUAUCCCUCAUGAUGCUCGUGGACGGCGCAUUCCUGCUCGAGUUCCUCGCCAUCCACCACCACCACGCCGCCGCCAAGGCCAAGCCAGAGAGGGUCUCCGUCUCUAGCUGGACGUCGAGGAUGGCGCACCUCAUCGACCUGGGCGGGAGCGGGCGGAAGUCCGCUCACGGCCUCAUCCUCCGCGACAUGCUCAUGCUCGAGAACCAGAUUCCGCUCUUCCUCCUCCGUCAGAUCCUCCAGGCGACAUGUCACUCCCAGUCUCAGUCCGUCGACGAGUCCACCACGCGGCUCACGUGCAUGGUGACGGGCCUCAUGAAGGAGCUCUGCCCGUUUAAGAUGGAGGGCAACUUCCCGGACAAGGAAAUUGAGAGGGACAUCGGCAAGCAUGCGCACCUGCUCGAGCUGCUUUACUACCUGCUCGUGCCCAAGCCCUGUGAAAAUUCUGCACCGGCGUGGUCUGGCCACGUCGACGAGGAUAUCGAGGAGCAGAGAACGGACGGCGGCGAAGAAGGCCAAGGACCUUCCUCCGGCAGCGGCAGCGAGCACGUGAUGCAAGUGCUCGCCACCAUGCGGAGAGUCGCGUCGAGGCUCAAGGGCGGCCGCCUCAGCCACGUGAUGAAGCCGAUCGAGUUUGCUGCCAAGGCGCCGUGGAAGAUGCUCACUGGCAUACCUGGCAUCUCGGCCUUGUCCAUGCCCGCGGACACCGGCGAGCAGGCGUCCACCAUGAGCCAGGACGAGGAGAUCGAGAUCCCAUCGGUCACCGAACUGGCCAGCAGCGGCGUCCGGUUUGCGCCGACCAACGGCAACCUGUCCACCAUCGCCUUCAACCGCAAGACGGCGACGCUCCACCUCCCCGCGGUGACCCUCGACUGCAACACCGAGGUGGUGCUCCGGAACCUGGUCGCCUACGAGUCGUCCGCCGCAUCGGGCCCGCUGGUGUUCACCCGGUACACGGAGCUGAUGAACGGCAUCAUCGACACCGACGACGACGUCACUCUGCUCCGCAAGCGCGGCGUGGUGAUCAACCGCAUGAAGAAGAGCGACGGCGAGGCCGCCAAGCUGUGGAACGGCAUGAGCCGCUCGGUGCAGCACUCCAAGGUGCAGGACCUGGACGCGGUCAUCGACGACGUGAACCGCUACUACGGCCGCCGGUGGAGCGUCAAGGCGAAGCGGUUCAUGCGUAAGUACGUGCUCAGCUCAUGGAAGAUGCUCACCUUCCUCGCCACCAUCAGCAUGCUGCUGCUCACCACCAUGCAGGCCUUCUGCUCCGUCUACACGUGCUCUCGGUGGUUCGGUGACGUUGUUGUCGCGGUCACGCCGACAUCAAGAGAGUAGAUCGGUAUACGCCUGCGUUCCUCAGCCACCCGGUGUAUGCGACGACAUAGCGUGAUCAUGCUUAUGGCUUGUUUAUUUGCACCUAAGGUUUUCAGUUCCUUGCCGGCGAGACCUAAUGCUUCAAUCUCGGUUGUAGGAGUAGGAAUAAAGUUUAAGGUUUGGUGUCCGGUCGUCGAUGGCGAGACGAUGAUGUUGCCUUAUGCCGGCGUCGAAUAAGUCAUCCUCGCCUUGUCCUAGUUUCGGAUGUGUGUCGUCUAGAGGCAUGUAGAGGAUGGUGUGUCUCCCGAUCUAGUUCUUCGGUUCUGGUUUUCACUUGUG